CGUCGGGAGCAGAUAAUCUCUUCUGUGGCCGGGAGUAGUGAGACAGCACAAUCACCGCUCCCUCUGGAAGAGAUAAUACCAUUUACCAUAGCAAUGGACUCUACCCCUCCCCUUCACUGCCAAUACUCUCCAAGGAGUUCAACCCCAUCUCCUGUGAACUCUUUGCCUUCACCACAAGUGAUGCCUCAGCUAGCAAAUGGACCACCUGCAUCCCCACCACCUCCAUUGUCCCCUGUACAAAUAUCUCCUGUUUCCGUUUCUCCCACUACCUCUCUACCUCAUGUGACUUGUCUUUCUCUUGCCACUCACAGUUCAUCUCCUAAAUCCUCUCCUCUUGCCCCAACAAGCCCCCCUGCUGCAUCUCUUCCUCUUUUAUCUCCAACAGUUUCUCCCUCUCCAGUUUCACUUUGUCCAACACCUGAUAGUAUGUCUGCUCAAAGAGUAACACUCAUUCCUCCUUCUGUAUCUCCUUCACCACCUAUAAUCCCCCUCUCUCCACCUCCACCACCUAUAUCUCCCUCAGAAGAUUUUAUUUCUCCAGAGCCUGCCUCGCUCUGCUCCCCUGCAGUUUCUCCUGCUCCUUCUCCAACUUCAGUUUCCCCAUCUAGUCCUACUAUGACUUCCUCCCCACAAAAUGCAGAGUCCUCUCCUAUUUUUUCUUUUCCACCUGCCUCUCCCUCUCCACCCCCAUCUUCCCUCUCACCCUCCCAAGCCUCUCCAUCUCCUUCCUCUCCCCUGCCCUCCCCUUCAGCCCCAGCAUCCCUUCUUGGACUGUCUUUUGCUGAUGAAGAACUGGAUCUUCAGCGUCAUUCCAAUGGCUUUGCAGAUGGAGCAGGCUCAAAGUCACGUCAGUUUCCAUGCAACAUAUGUGGAAAACAAUUUCGUUUUAUUAGCAUACUGUCACUUCAUGCAAGCACACACAGGGUACGUGGCCCCCUCCCUCUGGGUCGUGGAGGCCCCAAAACUCACUAUACGGCAAACAUCCAGAGGCCUAUGCUGCUAGGGCCCCAAUGCCAAAAAGAUACUCCUUCCUCUGUUAUCAAAAAUUCUACCCCAGAAGAUGUACAGCAGAAAGUUCCUUUAUUGACAGUACCUUCUCCUCUUCGCCACCCCUGCCCUUUUUGCAAAGGAAAAUUUCGCAAGGCAGCUGAGCUAGAGCGUCACCUGCGUAUACUUCAUCGACCAUACAAGUGUCACCUAUGUGACUUUGCUGCAUCUCAGGAGGGAGAGUUAGUGGGCCAUGUGGAAAAAAAACAUGCUGCCCCACAACAGCCUAAACUACUUCCUCCACCUUUACCUACCCCUGCUCCCUCUCCAGCAUUGCCUCCUGCUGAAUUCAAGUGUGAGAUAUGCUCACAGAGUUUCACUCAAUCUUGGUUCUUAAAGGGUCAUAUGCGGAAGCACAAAGAUUCUUUUGACCAUCAAUGCUCUGUCUGUGGACGAUGCUUUAAGGAGUCCUGGUUCCUAAAGAAUCAUAUGAAGGUACAUCUGGGCAAGAUAAAGGGAGUUGGAGGGCAAGACCAGCCUGCUCAUCAGCCUUCCAAAAGCGCUCACACAAAAGCAUCUUCGCAGUCACCCCCUUCAUCCAGACUUCUUGGGUAUCAAAGCUUCUAUUCUGGCCUUCUCUUGAGACUUCCACCUCCUGGUGAUGCCACCUGUUCCCAGAUGCUACAAGCCACUGCCAGGGCAGUUCAGGGAGGAGAGGGUGAUCAAGAUGGAUCUGGAGCAACUGGACGACUUCAAGCAUUAGGAGCAGCCAUGGGUGAGGGAGCUUCAUCCAAGGUUAUGCUAAAUCAGGGAUCUUCUGGAAUCGUACUGAAAACUAUUGGCUAUUCAGAUAAGAAUGGAUGGAGUGUUAAUGCCUCACAGCCUGAAAGAUCUCGAGGAACAUCAGGUAGAGACUGUCCUUUCUGUGCCAAAUCCUUCCGUUCUUCUCACCAUUUGAAAGUACAUCUUCGCGUACACACAGGAGAGCGUCCUUAUAAGUGCCCACACUGCUCUUAUGCUGGAACUCAGUCUGGCUCCCUGAAAUAUCAUCUACAGCGCCAUCACAGGGAUUCCAAGCUCUCAUCUGGUGUUCCCCUGCGAACGAAAAGCAUUCAGCAAGUUGCUUCACAGCAGGAGAGACUUCUGCCAGCAGUGUCCACUGCCUGGGGUAAUUCCUGCACUGAUCUUUCUCCCACUUGUGAGGAUGGAGCAUCUGUUCCUCUCCGUCUACACAUGUCUGAGGGACAGGGUUCUGGUACAUUUGUCCGCAGGGGAGGAGGGCAGAGGAGAAGAAGUCCUUCACAUCCCACUGCUAAUGGACGAGCAGACCAUGAACCCUUGGAUUUGUCCCAAGGAAAUCCUUUCCACCGAUGCAUGUACUGUCCUUUUGUGACUUCAGUGGGAGAGUUGAUGAGUCUCCAUCUCCAAGUUCAUCAUGGUAGGAGAUCUCGUAGGAAGGGAGGUUACAUUAGAGGGAGGCCUAGGCCUGUGCUAUCACCCGAACCUCAAGGUCCUAGUCUGAGUGAUAGCCCAGAACCUUGUGAUAGCACUGAGUGACACUACAGGGCAACACUACAGGGCAGCUGGGAACUGAAAUACCCCAUUACUGCCAACAUUCCAUUCCCACAAGCAAAGAAAUAGCCAGAAAGCAGAAAAGAAAGUUAGGAAUUUGAUCAGAGUGUUGAGUUCUCUAUAAAUGGAAGGUAAAAGAAAGGCAUUGGAUUGGAUUGGGCAGCAGAGAGAUAUGAAGGAAAGGUCAGGUUAGUUAGCAGGGGGCGGUAAAGAAGUUUGAAUUGUUUAGCAUGGUAAGGCAGAAAGACAGUGGGUAAAAGGAAAGAGAACACAAAGAAAGUGAGAUGAGUGUAGAAGAGAUGUCAUUCUGUAAUUGGAACAAUGUAUACCAGUAUCUGAGGAAACUGCUAUUCACAGGCCAAAAUGACAGGACAUGAUAAUAAAAGAAAGAGAAGUAAUGAAUGGGAGGGAAUAUGAACAAGACACAAAAUGGGACUAGAUUUAAGAUGCAGUGGGAAACCUAUAGUCAGAAUCAACAAACCAAUUCAAAAUGAACACUACAAUAAUAGUGCCUCAACAAUCUCUUUAGAUGAUAGAUCGGGUAUUUCUUUGUAGUCAUUUAAGAUAAGCAUUUACAAAAAGACUGUAAUGACAGUAUUCUACCGUAAAGCUACAAAUAGUGUUAUACGCCUUUCGAUGGUGGUAUUAUAUUGUGAUUAUUAUUGCGCUUAUUGUACCACUUGUGGGACUAAAGACUAUGAGGAACAUUAACAAAGGACUAUAGAAGAAAUAUAGUGUAAUGGGCCAGUGUAUGCCAGAUAGAACAAAGGAUCCUUUUUUAAUGUGAAAUAUAGGAAUGGCUCUAUAUUUCUUGCAAAAUAAGUGCAGACAUACAACAAUAAAACAUAAUAAUAAUACUCCGUUUUAACAAACUAUGAAGGCAUAGCUUAUUGUAAGCUGCUACAUGAGCUUAUUGUGAAAUAAUAUGAAACAAAUGGAAAUAGAUAAUGUGAGGCUGAUAUGAUGACCACAGCAGGAUACACUUUAAACAGAAUUUUGCUUAGUAGAUUUUCCACUGCAUCAUAAAUAUAGGCCAGACCAAGUAAAGCAUGGCGUCAGGGUGCCAGAUCACUGUUCUUCAACAGGCAUUGUUCUGCAACAUAUCUUAUUUGUGAGACAGGCAGAAGAGCUAGGAAUAGGAGAAGAGUUCUAGUGUUAGAAUGAGAGCAACAACUAGAGGUAGGGUUAAGAAACAGUACUAAAGUAGUCAGUUAGCAGCAUUGAUUUAUUUUUGCCCUGGGGGGGGGGUUCCCUCUGGUGUUAUGGUUGUUGCUAAGACUUUAUUUUUGAUAAUUUGGAUUGAUCUCCAAAACCAACUUCAGAUAGACAAUAAUUUUAAACCUUCACCAUUUGUGCCCAUUCCCAUUAUUAGGUUGAAGCUCAAAAGAAUACAUUUUCACAUUUAGAGAUUUCUAUAUUUUUUUUAUUUUCUUGUAGAAAAAGAAGCGAAAUAAAAAAAAAGUUAAAAUAAAUUUUUUUUUUAAAUUAA